AUGCAUCGACUGCGUCAUGUAGAUACUAAGCAAACCGAGUUGCUGAGAUAUGCAUCGGCCACUUUAGGAAGUGGAAAUUUGCGUGAGGCUGUAAAAUUGCCACAGGGCGAAGAUCCCAACGAAUGGAUCGCUGUAAACGUUCUGGAUUUUUUCAACCAAGUGAGCAUGUUGUUCGGGACAAUAAGUGAUCACUGUACGAAGGAAUCUUGUCCUAGAAUGUGUGCGGGUACGAAAUAUGAGUACGUUUGGUCGGAUGGUAGGAAAACAAUUACAUGUCCAGCGCCUGUAUAUAUCGAUUAUUUGAUGACUUGGGUGCACGAGCAGCUAGAUGACGAGAACGUCUUCCCUUCUCAGAUUGGACAGCCUUUCCCACCAAAUUUCUUGCGUAUCGCACAAGCGGUUGUGAAACGACUAUUUCGGGUGUAUGCUCAUGUGUAUCAUCAACAUCUCGAACUUAUUGAACAACUUAAUGCAGUAGAGCAUUUAAAUACCAGUUUCAAGCAUUUCAUGCUUUUUAUACAAGAAUUUGACUUGAUUGAUUCAAAACAGCUGGCACCUCUGCAAAGCUUCAUUGAUCGGCUUACUCUGGAAGAGAAUUCAGCAGUGCUAUGA